GCCCACCUCACCACUUGCCCCCUGGACCCUAUCCCCACACAACUCCUCCGGUCACCCUCCUCCUCCAUCCUACGCUCCCUCACCCACAUCUUCAAUCUCUCCCUCUCCACUGGCGCAUCCCCUCCCCCCCCCAAAGCAUCCCUCCUCACCGACAACAACCUCCUCCACCCCCCUCUGUCAUUCCCUCCACUGGCCUCCAUUCAGUGUCCUCCACCCCUCUCUGUCAUUCCCUCCACUGGCCUCCAUUCAGUGUCCUCCACCCCCCUCUCUGUCAAUCCCUCCACUGGCCUCCAUUCAGUGUCCUCCACCCCCCUCUGUCAUUCCCUCCACUGGCCUCCACCC